CGAGCAGCAUGCCAGAACAGGAAGCCUGUGGUUUCCCGUGUAGAAAUCGAGGCGUAGCCAGGCAGAGCUGAGAGAGAGAGAGAGAGGCAGCGGAAGCAGCAGUAGGAGAAACUCUCUCAAAGCAACCGUCCGAAUGAGCUGACAUGGAGGAAGGCCAGACGCCAGCCAAGCCAGAGCGAGAACGAAGGGGAUGAGGAAUGGAGCGCUGCCGGAAACUGCCAGCGGUGUGAAAGCAAGAGGACCAGAAAGCGAAGCAGAAAAUCCUUCCACAUAGAAGAGUCUUCAGACAAUCCAUUUGGAGCAAGUUAAAGAAAAAUGGAGCAUGAAAUGAAUGCAAUAGGAGAAGAACAGACACCGAAGAGUGAUGCUUCGGAUGCAGAGACGGCAGGAACGGCAGGAAAACGGAGCCUCACUUCUCAAGUUGAAUUCAGUGCUCUGCCAAGCCAGAGUCCGGUUCUGCGCUCGAAGCCACGAACUCAGAAGCACGCCCUUGUCCGUCCCUGGAAAUCGCUGCCUCCCACUCCUUCGGGAUUACUGGAAAAAGACCAGAAAGUCUUUUUCUCUUCUCUGACUUCCCUCCAGGCUGAAGAGUUUUUCGACAUGGUGGCCACAAUCCAGGCCCGGAGGCUCAACGACCAGCGGGCGGAUUUUGCAGGGCCUGAAGUUGCCAGCGAAGAGAAUUCUGGGAUAUCAGAAGACCAACUCUAUGACACUAUUCUAGCUCACCAGAGCCAGCGUCUUGAGGAUCAGCGCACGGAGCCUCCUAUCCCAGUGGGAAUUCAAGGGCUGCUGGAUUUAUUGCUCACAGCUCAAGGGACCCGGAUGGAAGAUCAGCGCUCUACCCUUCCUCCGGGCCUUGCUGGCCCACCCUUGCUAGGAAGACAGCCCUCCUUUCUACAGUAUGAAACUCCUCCUUCCUUCAUGGUUUCGGAGUUCAAAUGACUUUUGACCUGGUCAGAAGCUGGAACUGGGUUGAUCUCAACAGUGGGGAACUGAAAAUCAAACAGUGUUGGAAGACUUCGUGCAGGAAAGAUACCACGCUUUGCAAGAAAAGGAUGAGGAAAAACUCAUGUUCCAGCACAAACACAGCUUUGCAAGUGGCUAAUUUUUUACUGGCUAUGAACAUGUACUUGAUGCUCUCUGAGCUUGUUGUUUUCCUCGCAGACGUUUCAUUGCCAAACUAGGUAACGUCAUCAAUGCUGGAAGGGGGGUGGGGUUGACAUCUAUCCUUUCUAAUACUUGGUGGAGACUCCGCUCCUCCCUCUCUGCCUCCUCCCUGCCAAAAGCCCAUGGUGACAGUACAGGUACUCCUCGACUCACAACCACCAUUGGGACUGAAACUUCUGUCGCUAAGCGAGAUGGUCAUUAAGUGAGUCGUGCCUGAUUUUACCUUUUUGCCAUAGUCAUGAAGCAAAUCACACAGUCAUUAAGCAAAUUUGACUUUCUCCAUUGACUUUGCUUGCCGGACAUCCCCUGGGAAGGCAAUCGUGACACACAAACACAGACACACACCGGAUUCUACAACUAUUGUAAACAUGUCAGUUCCCAAGCACUCAAACUUUGAUCACAUGAACACAUGGAUGCUGCAAUGGUCAUAAGUUCAAGGACCAGUUGUAAAUCACUUUUUUCAGCACCGUUUUAACUUUGAACGGUCACUAUCUAAAUUGUAAGUCGAAGACUUAAACGUAUUUAGAGGACCAAUGAAAAGUCACAGCGUUGCCAUGAUUUUUAACGGUUUAGGGGCAGCAUGAAAAGGAAUGUACCGCUGAUUAAGGGCAUGGGAAAAUCUCUUUUUGCAAUACACGGGAGUCUUAAGAUGCUAUGAGACUGUGGAUUUAAGCCAAUGGUGAAAUUCAAAUUUUUUUUACUACUGGUUCUGUGGGUGUGGCUUGGUGGGCGUGGCUUGGUGGGCGUGGCAGGGGAAGGAUACUGCAAAAUCUCCAUUCCCACCCCACACCAGGGGAACGAUACUGCAAAAUCUCCAUUCCCACCCCAUUCUGGGGCCAGCCAGAGGUGGUAUUUGCCAGUUCUCCAAACUAUUCAAAAUUUCCGCUACCAGUUCUCCAGAACCGGCUGGAUUUCAUCCCUGAUUUAAGCUUAGUAUGUUUAUCCCAAAAGCACUAUGCAUAACGUCUCAGGUACUUCGUCCCUGCAGUGAAAGAGCUCUCAUGUUAGCACUUUUCUUAAAUAAUUUGAUGUUUAGUGCAAUGUUUCUGAAUCCGGAACCCUCCAAUUGUCCUGCUCAAAGCCAUCCUAGGGAAAUAGUUCAAUAGGUCUAGCAAAUUAGACCUAAGAGUUUAUUUGAAAACGACAAAAUAAAUGUAGCUGCUUUCAUUUGCCUGCGAAGAAAAGAGACAGGCUGAUAGUCUUCUAAUUCUUAAACAUAUUAUGGGAUCCUGUUUUAUUUAAGAAUUGCUAGAGAAUCCUGCUGGGUCUGGCCGUUAACCCAUGCAAACCAGCAUUCUGAGUCACACAGUGGGCCUAUUGGCUGUGUUGGGGAAGCUCACAAGCCUAGAUUGGAGAGCGAGCGCCUUCUUCACCUCUUUCUCCCUAGUCACGGGACUUUUCAGAUCUUGGGCCCCAUGCCAGUCUCUCACACAAUGUCUAGGUAGGGAAUCUCUGCUGUGAGAUGGACAGCCAUGUAAAUUCCUUUAAUAAUUAAACUCUAGGUACGUCCCAUUCCAAAUAUAUAUAUAUAUAUUUAAAAAAAGGACGGUUGAAAUGACAUAGUAUUACUGUUUGGAGGAAUACGGUGUUCGUGCACAAGGGAAGUUUUGAAAUUUAUAACAUUUGAAGGGAAGGCAUUAAAACAGAGUUGCUCAACCUUGACAGAUGUAAGACAGGUGGACUUCAACACCCAGAAUUCCCCAGCCAAUGUGGCUAGCUGGGGAAUUCUGAAAGUUGAAGUCUACUUAUCUUAAAGUUGCCACAGAUGAAAAACUUUAACUCAAUGCAAUGUAUUGCGUGCAGUUCACUUGUUUGUUUCUAGCAUGGUGUUUCUCAACCGUGGCAACUUUAAGAUGUGUAGACUUAAACUCCCAGCUGGGGAAUUCUGGGAGUUGAAGUCCACACAUCUUAAAAGUCACCAGGGUUGAGACAUUCUCUGUUAGAAUCAACCCGCGAGAGGUAUGAUGUAUAAAUCAGCACCUGCAGAUGCUAUGUUGUUCUGCAGUCUGAUUUUUACUCUCAAUAUCUUGAGAGUAUAAUUCCCCAAAUUCAAGGUGAUGUUAUCCUAAUGUAUCUAGAUUUAAAGGCUAUGGAGCGGGGGACUCUUGAGUUCCACAUUUUCUAUUUGUAAUUGCCUGGAAGUGGAACCGUAAUUGAAUUUUCUCACCAAUUAAACUACUUCUCCCCCAAACAUAUUUAGCACAUAAAAGCUAACAAAACCUGCAGCUGUUGACUGCUUCUCAUUCUCCAUGCACAAUUGCGCUUUAACGCGGUCGUAAUAAAUUUUGUUGCGAAGCUA